CAGACGGCGGCGAGCGCGGAGCCACCGGCGCCGCCGCCGCCACAGCCACCGCCGCCACCGCCGAUGGUGGACGAGGACUCGCAGAGCAGCGUCCGCUCGGCCGGCGGCACCCGCAAGGCGCGCAGCGAGAUUUUCGACCUGAGCAGUCAGCAGCCGCUGCCGGCCGACCAGCUGCUGGAGUACCGCUGGCCGCGCGACGACCCGCUGGCCGAGAUGUACAUGCUGCAAGAGCAGGUGUCCUCCUUCCUGGACCUGGUCUCCUUCCGGCGCCGGUACCCGGACCUGGCGCGGCGGCCGGUGGAGGCGGAGGAGCGGGCCUUCCUGCUGGAGCAGCGGGCCGUGUCAGCGACGCAAGCCAACCUGGGCCUGACGGCGCUGCGCAGCGCCGAUGUCAUGGACGUGCUCUUCCAGGACUUCCCGGACAAGUACGAGGAGUUCCGCCGCCUGCUCGAAGAGCGCAAGGUGCUCGAGGUGCAGAAGGCCCAGGCGAGCUACACGCCGGCCGAGGUGGAGAAGAACCGCCUGCAGGCGUUCGUGCGGCAGGCGGCGCGACAGGCGGCCGCCUGGAACGCGCAGCUGAACCGGGACCGGCGCGAGGAGCGGCGCGCCUCGUUCGACCUGCAGACGUUUACGGUGCACUACCCGCAGCGGCGGCGGCCGGCACGGCCCGGCGCCGCCCGGCUCGGCAACUACCCGGUGGCCGUGCUGCCCGGACAGUUCACAGACUACUUCCGCAGGUACUCGAGCAACGACCUCAAGUACCUGCCGCUCAACACAGUGAUGGGCACGCGGCCGAUGGAGGAGCUGGGCUCGGACGGCUCCGACUCCGAGUCGGGGGACUCCAGCUCCGACGGCUCCAGCUCGUCCAGCGGCGACAGCUCCCAGACGGAGGACACCCAGAGUGAGCUGGAGUCGCAGCCGGACCCGCAGGCGCGGCCCGGCGCCGUCUGCCGCGUGUGCAGCGGCACCAAGUCCGGCAAACAGCUGCUGCACUGUUCCAAGUGCGACUCGUCCGGACACCCGCAGUGUCUGGAGCUGUCCACGGAGAUGGUGGCUCGGCUGAGAGCCUACCCCUGGCAGUGCAUGGACUGCAAGACGUGCAUGACCUGCGGAUCGGCCGACGACGAGGACAAGAUGAUCUUCUGCGACUUCUGCGACAGAGGGUACCACAUCUACUGCGUGGGCCUGCGGCGGGUGCCGACCGGCCGGUGGCACUGCGUGGAGUGCGCGCGCUGCCAGACGUGCGGCACCACGGACCCCACUGGCGGUCUGGAGCAGCCGGAGCUCAACCGGGCGCCCGAGUGGGCCCACCAGUAUCGACGGCGGGCGGACGGGGUCAAAGUUUACACCACCACCUUGUGCAUUCCAUGUGACAGGCUCUGGAAGAAGUAUAAGUACUGCCCGAUCUGCUUCAAGUGCUACAAGAAGCCCGAGGAUCUGGGAAUGGUCACGUGCUCCACCUGCAACAAAUGGGUUCACAAGGAAUGCAUCGAGAGCCUGGGCUUCGGCGCCGCGUUCGUCUGCCACGACUGUCAGGAGAAGCGGCAGCAGACGAUGAAGCAGAACCUGAAGAACGCCGGCCAGCUCCGCACCGGCCGUGUGGUGUAGAGGGCGCCGCCGGGCCCGGCUUGCGGCGCCGCAGGCCCACGCAGGUGGCGCAGUCGGCGGACGCAGGUGGCGCUGCUGCGGUGCCGUUGCCGGCGGCACGGUGCAGUGAUCAGCGGGCGGACGCGAUUGUGCACUAGCACUGGGAGUGCGCUGUCAGGCGGGAGCUGGCGACCACUGGUCGGAGAAGCACGCCGGUGGCCACAGCUGCCACAUAUAUUCAGAGACUGCGUGGGCGAGCCUGGGUCAUUCAGAUCCAUUCACGUAGUCUGCGAAGACAGCGCCAACAUUCAGUGAAACCCACGGCCGUCUUCCAAGGAUUCUUCAACGGACCGUGACCCGUCGCUCGUUUUAGAACGGAUUCUCGCCUGAUCUAGAGUCACCGACGGCUUUUGGAGCGUUCGCGUGUGGGCACCGCCGCAUUCCAGGGACUGAGAGUUUUGACGCCGGCGUCGGCGCCGGCACUGAGGCCUUACACAGGGCUCAGCCUAGCGUGGCGGGGCUUUGGUGUCGUGAACGGAGGCCUGCCCAGUCAGCGGCUCCGAAGCCGACAUUGAUCGCGCCCGCGCAAUCUGUGAGAGGACACGGCGCCGUGUUUUGGUGCCCGCCUUUGUGGUCGGGCUUUGACUGGCCUUCAAGAAGUUGCGAUGUUCGCAAAGAUUCAGCGGCGCGGAGAUGAUUUGAGCUGCACAAAAAGUGGAGGCCGUGUUGAAAUUCAGCAAACAUCGCCACUGUUUGAGGGAGGCCGUUUCCUCCAUGGCAUGUAGACUUCGGCCAUGGAGGGGAUCUUCGAGGUCGGUGGAAAGCAUAGUAUUAAGUUUCUCAGUGUCGUGUGUUUGUCUCGGACCCGCGUUCAUUGGAGAUGUGCAGUGUGCGGUGUGAGGUAGACUCUAUAGUGCACUCGUGGUGGGCCCAACUAUCGUUCGGUGGUUGUCUCCUGCACUCUAGCUCCAGUCCCGCGGACUUCGUUUGGACCACUUUUGUAAUAAACGCUGCUCCGGA